AUGCUCGAGUCAUUUCGGCCAGCGUGGCCAGGCAGUUGGCGGCGAGAAACGUCGCCCGAGUCCCGACUCAGGGAGAACUUGAGAGCCGAUGAAGUCACCACCGUGUUCUACGCCUUCUCGAAGGUUGCGCCCCAGUUGCCGGAGUACCGAUUGCUCUACGAAGCGAUCAGCGACGGCCUGCUGGAGGGCCAGUGGAGCCUCAAUCACCUCCAGUCCGUCCUGAUUGCCACUGCCUUGGCGGACACGGACACUCGGCUAGCAGACGCAAUGCCGGCGGUCUUGCAGCCGCUCCUGACGGAUUUGGUCGAGAACCCACAGGUCCGCGAGGACGUUACAGUGGACAUGCUCCGCUUUCUGGUUCAUGCGGCUGCACGGCUCCCGAGCCCGGGCCUCACCGGCAAGGAGCUGGAGGCUCUCGCAGACUGCACCAUCUCGCGGUUGCGCGGCAGUAGCUUCUCCAAGCAGGCUCACCUAAUGUUGUCGUGGCUGAGGAUAGCGCCAGACCCUUCAGCCAAAGAGGCCCACUUCAAAGCCUUGCAAGCUUGCGGCCAAGCCCUCAUGAAGCACCAGAAAUCGCACAUGCCUGCGCAUCCACUGCCCCACGAAGGACUUGCGCCUCUCAUAGCAGACCUGCUGGCGCGUGAGGCCGCAGAGCGAGCUCCGCCUCUAACCCCACCGGUGAUGCAAGACAUCGUGAAGGGCCUCGUUGCAAUUAGUUGGGGCGUACAACGCCACCAAUUCCCGCAGAGCCGGAGCAGGAGCUUGUCUAUCGAUGACUGGUCCGAUAUCAUGGCCGAGCUGGUCAAGUACUGCGAAUCCCACAGUAUCAUUGGACAGGCGUCUGCGUCCUCAAGCUCCAGUCGGAACACACUGACGCUGACCCCUGCCGCGCUUCUACCUGGCUGGGCGGAUCAAGCGCUGUUCCACGUGCUUUUCCGAGCGCAGCAGCAGCCCAUUCUUCGGAAUUCGCCCGAGAGAUGGGUGCAGCUGUCCUCGCUGCUCACUUUGCUCAGAUUGGUCAGGCGUCAUAGGAACGUCCGGCCCGAUCCGGAGUUCUUUGCUUGGUCAGUCCGAUUGGUCGACGUGCACCAACGUGCUGGGAACGUAGAGGAGAGCUUGCUGGCUGACUUGGUUAACGAACUCGUUCCGCUGCUCCCAGAGAAGGAGAGAGCCAAGCUUACGAGAAUAAUCAUGGCAAGGCGAAGCACAGAAGCCGAGCCCCAGAAAGUUCUGGCUCCUCAACUUGAGCAGGGGCAGCCAGCCCAGCCAGCCCAGCCAGCCCCCCGCUUGCUACAGAGGAGCGAAGAGGCUUCGGUUCAGGUAAAACUGGCACCAGCGGUUCAUCCACAUGAAGCAGAUUUCGGCCUCAGGGUCGAGCCUGUGAGGCCUCUGAGUGCGUCAGCGAAGUCAGCGAACCUCGGUGCCAUGGCCGGUGGCCGGCUCUGGGCUUUGCUUGCCAAAGCCGCCGAGCAGGCCGAGCCUGCGGCGAGCCCUGCAGCGAGCCCUGCGGCGAGCCCUGCGGAAACGAGCACGGCGGCGAGCACCGUGCUGCACAGCGCAGAGGUCGAAGAGGUGCCGAGCUCUCUCGGCAUAGACGCUUGCUUGCAGACAGCUCCCGACUUAUUUUCUUUCGCUGCGAGGAAGUAA